AGAAAAAAAAAAAAGAAGUCUUUUCUUUUUUCUUUUUCUUUUUUCUUUUUUUUGCGGGUUCUUCGAAGCUAACGCACACGGAUGCUUCCUCUCCGUCGAAGCUUCCCCCUCUUCUCCGAAACCCUAAAAACCCAAUUCCUAGAUCUACUUCGAUCGAGAACUCUCAUUUGAAUCCAUGGGAGGAAUCGUCGAUCCCCAGGGCUUCCAUCCGUGGUUGUGGUGGGAGCUCGCGUCCCUCCUUGUCCUCCGCCCCCUCCUCGCCGUCGCCUUCGUCGUCUCCUUCGUCCUCCUCAGUUGGAUUGUGGCGUGGAAAACGGUGUUGGUGCACGUGCCGCUCGUGCAGGAGAUCUGCGGCCUCCGGAAGAAGCCCGUAAAGCCGAAGCCGGCGAAUCGGCACCGCUUCUCCAACUUCUACAAGUCGCGCUCGGAUCACAGGAGCGCAAAGCCCGAAGUUAAAGAUAAAUCUUAGACGACGGCUCUGUAAAGCUCAAUCUCAUCUCCGCAAGCAAGCAAGAUUCGAAGUUCCGAAGCUACUUAAAGAGAAAAUGUUCAUCACACUGUAUAAGACUUCUGGGAGAAGCACUUGUGAGCUUUCGAGUCGAAGUUUCGAGGUUGGCUUCUCCCACAAGUUGGAAUCUCAGUAAGAGCUUUCUACAAUUGAUCAUGUUAGUUUUUCGCAUAGUACGGUAUCCGAAUACAUCCUAUGUACAUACAUUCAUUUGGUUACAGAUAAUUGUAAAUCAUGCUUGUAAUUACUGCUAUAUCGAAGCUCGAAUACGAGACAGUUUCUUCUUAAAGUGAGAUUUACUUUUGCCUUUUGUUUGAAA